AUGGCACCACAAUCUUUUCGUCUCAGGACUUUCCUCUUUGCGACAUCUCUUUUAAGCACCUCUACUACCGCCCAAAACACGACGAAUGACACAAACUCCUCGGGAUGUAGUGAGAGAUUUCCACAGAAAGACCGGCCUGUCAACGCCACUGGUACAGCAAAUAUCUCCGAUUCUUACCUCUCCACGACCUUUGGCGACUACCGCAACGAUAGUAGCAAUCACUCUACCUCCUGGAAGUUUAAACCCAUGACAAUGGCAUACCUCACCGCGCCGUUGGAAAGCCAUGGGCAAGCAUGUGUAUAUAUGUAUAUAGGCGUCGAUAACCGCGGACGAGGUGGCGGUCCAAACGGCUGUGAUGGCGUACUACCACAGGCAUGCGUCGAUCUACUAGAGCGGAAGCUCAGGCUACCCGGCAACAUACUACCAGGCGGUAUGACAUGUCCAUCAGGGGCUCAUGAUGACGAGCUCGACGAGGCUUGUGGUAACGACACCAUCUCGAGGGGAGUUCUCAGUUUAUCCUCCACAAUAGACCUGGCCAACACCACAUACUCAUGUAACGAUAACCCUAAAGGCAUUGACCUGAAUCCUAAUGGCUACACGACACGGGAACUCUUCGGUUGGGGCACACAAGUCUACGACACGGAUCCGCAGAACUUUACCUGGUACGAUGAAUUCGUCACUCGUCCUGUUCCAAUGGUACUCUCUACAAAUAUUGAUGGAACCUCCGAGGCAAAAGUUGUUUGUAUCGCGAUGGAUGAGGUGAAAAAGGGAAGUCGUGUGCCGCCUGAGUCUGUGAAUAAUGGAGAGGACAAUGAGAGCGCGGCGGUGGGUUUGGAGUGGAAGAACUGUCUCUUUGACCUUAGCCUUCCUGCUAUUGUAGGUAUCCUUGUCGGCGGCAACAACGGCCUCGACCGCAUCACCCAAGAGCCUUCCAGGACCUUGUUCAUCUCCAAAGGUAGUAGAGUAGCCAUGAAGCCAGCGCAGCAAUACCUCGAAGUCAUCAGGUAUCUCCUCCACUGCUUCACUCAUGAUCAACCGCUGAGCCUUGCUCCAGACGUAGAGCUCCACGUCGACGCAAGCCUACCUGAAGCCUUCCAUAUCACUGUCAAGAGUGUUGACGUAGCGUCGAGCAGCGUUCCUCAGACCGUCCAGCUUGCUCUCGUCUGCUGUGUUGAAGGACGGUGGGGGCCAAUCAAGAGCUGCCAAAGCUCCAAGGGUAGCUUCCGCACCAACCACAGCUCCCUUCACUCCCGAUUACCUGGAGUCCCUCUAUCCGGUGCUGUCGUCAAUCUAGCAACCAUGUCUUCCAACCGCCACGGCCAUGACAAUUCGCACAACGUCUCGCGCGUCUUGUACGAUCAUGUCAAUGGGCAGAACAACAACACUUCCGAGUCAACACCUUUGCUACACAACAUCAUCCCGCAGCACAUCCACCCUGAUGGCGAGAGCGGUCGUAAAGGCUUCCACCCAUCCCACUUCAUCAACGUAGCAUGGCGCUCUGGAAGCAAUGCAGCAAAGUAUACCAAUCUACUCUGGCCCUUCGUCAUCGUAGCCAUCGUGCUGCACUUUGCAGCCCCAGGAAUGCCUAUUGCUAUCUUUGCGACCAGCUACAUUGCCAUGGUGCCUGUGGCCAACCUAUUGGGAUUCGCAGGCCAGGAGUUCGCGAGGAAGAUGCCAAAGGUCUCGGGUAUUCUGAUUGAGACUGCGUUUGGUUCGAUUGUGGAGAUUAUUCUCUUCAUGAUUUUGAUUGCGAAACAUCAUUCUAGGGAUGGGUCGAGCGAACAUGGGAAUCUUAUUCCGGUUAUUCAGGCGGCGAUUUUGGGGUCUAUUUUGACUAAUCUCCUGCUCUGCCUGGGACUUUGUUUUUUCGUUGGCGGUCUUCGCCAGAUGAGCCAGAAGUUCCAUGCUUCUGUCAGCGAAGUCGGCUCUGGUCUACUUCUGGUAGCUGGCUUCGGUCUGCUUAUCCCAUCUGCCUACUACUCUGCGCUCAAAGGCUCUGCUGUCGCAAAGGCGACAAAGCACCAUGAGUUCACGGAGAAGAUUCUGCAGCACAACGUUCUCAGGAUCAGUCAAGUUACUUCGAUUCUGCUAAUCAUCGCUUUCUGCAUCUUCAUCUGGUACAACGCCCGCUCCCAACAUUCGCUCUUCGACGAAGUCCUGGAGGCAGACGAACACGCCGAUCUAGACCACCACGAAGAUCUCGCCAAGCCGAAAUUCACUUUCACAGAGUGCAUGGUCGCCCUCGUCCUCUCAUUAGCCAUUGUCACGCUCCUCGCCGUGUUUCUCGUCGAGCGCAUCGAAGACGUUGUUGAGUCUGGUAUUCCAGACCAGUUCCUCGGUCUUAUUAUGCUGCCUCUUGUCGAAAAAGCGGCGGAGCAUUUGACUGCUAUUGACGAAGCCUGGGACGGUCAGAUCAACUUUGCCCUUUUUCACUGCAUCGGUCCAUCGAUUCAGACCGCUCUCUUCAACGCUCCUCUCGUUGUCAUCGUCGGCUGGAUCAUGGGUAAAGACAUGGACCUUAACUUUGAGAUUUUCAUGAUUGUUUUGCUGGUCUUGGCCAUUGUUGUUGUGGGCAACUUCCUACGUGACGGCGAGUCGAACUACCUUGAGGGUGCUAUGCUUAUUAUUGUUUACGUCAUCGUUGCCGUGGCUGCCUGGUACUAUCCCAACCCUGAUGUUGCGACUUCGAAUGGUGCGGAGUAG